AUGGCUUCCUGGGAGCUCCCGUCCCCGGCCAACAGGCCGGUCGCCAUCCUCGGGGGCGGCGUGCUCGGCCGCCGCAUCGCCGCGUGCUGGGCGGCCGCCGGCUACAGAGUCCACAUCCGGGACCCCGACGCCAAGCAGCUGACCGGCGCCCUGCAGUACGUGAAGACGGAGCUGUGGCGGUACAAGCCGACGGUCAGCGCCGACCGCGUCGACGUCGAGGGGUUCCGGGACCUCGCGCCCGCCGCCGGCGACGCCUGGCUUGUCGUCGAGUGCGUGCCCGAGAAGCUGGGCCUCAAGAUCGAUGCCUUUGCCGAGCUCGAGAAGGCCACGCGGCCCGACGCCAUCCUCGCCACCAACUCGUCCUCGUUCAAGUCUCGUGAGCUGACGGCCGGCGUCGCCCCCGACACGGCCAGGCGCAUACUCAACGCCCACUACGUCAUCCCGCCCGAUAUCCGCACGGUCGAGCUCAUGACGAGCGGCUCAACCCACGAGGCCAUCUUCCCAUUCCUCCAGCACCACCUGCGCGCGUCGGGCAUGCUGCCCAUGGUGGCCCACCGCGAGUCGACCGGCUUCAUCCUCAACCGCGUGUGGGCCGCCAUCAAGCGGGAGGUCUUGAUGGUCGUGUCCGAGGGCGUCGCGUCGCCUGAGGAGGUCGACGCCGCCUGGACCGAAAUGUUCAUCAAGCACGGCGUGCCUCCGUGCGAGCUGAUGGACUCGGUCGGCCUCGAUACCGUGUCGCUGAUCGAGCAGCACUACAUCGACGAGCGCGGGCUACGCGAUCCAGGCGUCAUAGCCUUCCUCCAGAGCUACAUCGACCAGGGGCGGCUGGGCGCAAAGUGCAGCAAGGGUGGCCUGUACCCGCCCGGGCACUGCACAAAACCCCCCGGUGACGAGCAGGGGCCGUACGACAACCUGCACGCCCCGGCGCUGUACAUCCUGGACAUUGGCCUGGCCAACGAGCCCGGCGGGGCUUUCAAGAAGGGCCGGAUCCUGCUGGGGAGCGCCGACGGCGAGGCGCCCUUGCGCACGCUCGUCGACGGGCAGCCCAUGCCGGACGGCAUCGUACUCUGCCUCGCAGCUGGCAAGAUGUUUUGGACCAACAUGGGCACGCCGGGCGAGAACGACGGCAGCAUCCUUUCGAGUGACCUCGACGGCGGCAACGUGCAAGUCAUUGUGACGCCGGGCACGGCGCACACGCCCAAGCAGGUGGCCGUGGACCAGGACUGCCAGAAGCUCUACUUCUCGGACCGCGAGGGCAUGCGCGUGCUGCGCUGCAACGUCGACGGCUCGGCGGUCGAGACGCUGGUGCAGACGGGCAGCUGGCGCGACGACGGGUUCCGGGACCCUACGCUGUGGUGCGUCGGCGUGGCGCUGGCGCCGCGCGAGCGUAUGCUCUACUGGACGCAGAAGGGCCCGUCAAAGAGCUCGCAGGGCCGCAUCUUCCGCGCCGCCAUGGACAUGCCGGCAGGCGCCACGGCCGCCACGCGGACCGACAUCGAGUGCCUAUUGGCGGGCCUGCCCGAGCCCGUCGACCUCGAGAUCGACGAGGACAGCCGCACCCUGUACUGGACGGACGGCGGCGAGCUCCCCAGGGGCAACAGCCUGAACCGUGUGUCGCUCGAUGCUGUUGACAACAGCGGCAGCGCAGACGGCGCGGGGGGCUAUGAGAUCCUGGUGCGCAACCUGCACGAAGCCAUCGGGCUGGCCAUUGACAAGAAGAAUCGGCAUAUCUAUGCCACGGAUUUAGGCGGCGCCGUGUAUCGCUUCAACAUGAACGGCAAAGACAAGAAGAAGCUGUACGAGGACCAGGGCUCCUUUGGUGGGAUCGCCUUGCGCGACAGAUAG